UCUAGCUGAAGAAAGAAGGGAAAGGAAAGAUAAUGGCACAAGCGGAGUCUCAGUGCUCAAAGAUGCAGGCGCACCUUGUUGUCUGAGAUGGAGGGAUAUUGACGAGAAGAGAAGGGGAGCUGAGAGAAGAGAAGAAGAGAAGGUUGUUUGCUGUGGUGACUAGCUCCAGAUUAUUGACUAACUGUUGACAUCAUUUGGAGAGGAGGAUUUUUUUUCUCUCGCUCUCACACUGAGAGAACUGCCUACUGAAAAGGCUAGAUAUGGAAGAAUGCUUUGGAAAGGAGCCAUCAGCAGAUAUUGUGAUUGCUAACUCUCAGCAGUCUAACAAGGAAACAGUAGCUGUACACUAAUCAGCUCUACCAAAGACAAGAGAAGCAUCCUUCCAAUUCGAAACAAAAACAAUUCCCCCAUUGACCGCUGUCAAUCGUUAAGAUGUCCAUGUUGUGCUUGCAUUGGCUUUGCCAGCCAGAGGGAAAACAGACCUAACUCUACCUGAGCGAACGUAGCCGGGGCAUCCAAUCUCGUUUUCGCAAUUGAGAGAAGCAAACGGGGAACCGGUCGACGUGCACCCACAAUUCUUUAGACAUGAGCGAGUCAGUGAUGACAAGUGGCCUCUUUCCCAUGUCCUUUCCCGUGUCCUCUGCACUGAUGCAGUCCGCGGAGGCUGCCCAGGAGCCAUGCCUUACCACAGACCAGGCCCCCAUCCACAGGGGCGAGAAGGUGAAAGAGAAGAAGAAAGAGGGGGAGAGUGUUGUGUGUAAGAGCCAGCAGCAGGCCUCCCUAUCCUGCCUGGUGGAAGAGUUCUUCUGUAUUGGCAGCAGAAAUGUGUCCUUCUCCAAGUGGAGGCUGGGAGACAUGGUGGAGAAAUGCAUGAGCUCCAUGCAGACGGGGACCCAGAUGGUGAAGCUGCGCGGUGGCUCCAAGGGACUGGUGCGCUACUUCUACCUGGACGAACACAAGUCCUGCAUCCGCUGGCGGCCUUCUCGCAAGAACGAGAAGGCCAAGAUCUCCAUCGACUCCAUCCGAGAGGUGUGCGAGGGUAAGCAAUCCGAGAUCUUCCAGCGCUACUCUGAGGGCAGCUUCGACCCGAACUGCUGCUUCAGCCUGUAUUAUGGCGAGCGCUUGGAGUCCUUGGACCUGGUGUCCAGCACAGGCGAGGAGGCGCGCACCUGGAUCACCGGCCUCAAGUACCUGGUGGCAGGCAUCAGCGAUGAGGACAGCCUGUCCAAGAGGCAGCGCACCCGCGAUCAGUGGCUGAAGCAGACGUUUUCAGAGGCGGAUAAGAACGGCGACGGCAGCCUGAGCAUCAGCGAGGUCCUGCAGCUCCUCCAUAAGCUCAACGUCAACCUACCCCGCCAGAAAGUUAAGCAGAUGUUCAAGGAGGCAGACACAGAUGACAACCAGGGCACCCUGGGCUUCGAGGAGUUCUGCUCCUUCUACAAGAUGAUGUCGACGCGCCGCGACCUCUACUUGCUCAUGCUCACCUACAGCAACCACAAGGACCACCUGGACAGCAUCGACCUGACCCGCUUCCUGGAAGUGGAGCAGAAGAUGACCAAGGUGACCAAAGACCAUUGCCUAGAGAUUGUAAACAAAUUUGAGCCCUGCCCCGAGAACCAGAAGCAGGGAGUUCUGGGUAUUGAUGGUUUCACCAGCUACAUGCGCAGCCCGGCGGGGGACAUCUUCAACCCGGAGCACUACGAGGUGACCCAAGACAUGUCGCAGCCGCUCUGCAACUACUUCAUCGCCUCCUCCCACAACACCUACCUGAUGGGCGACCAGCUCAUGUCCCAGUCCCGCGUCGACAUGUACGCCUGGGUGCUGCAGGCCGGCUGCCGCUGCGUUGAAGUGGACUGCUGGGACGGGCAGGACGGAGAGCCCAUCGUGCACCACGGCUACACGCUCACCUCCAAGAUCCUCUUCAAAGACGUCAUCGAGACCAUCAACAAGUACGCCUUUGUGAAAAACGACUACCCAGUGAUCCUGUCCAUAGAGAACCACUGCAGCGUCCCCCAGCAGAAGAAGAUGGCCCAGUACCUGGUGGAGGUGAUGGGAGACAAGCUGGACCUCUCAGCCGUCAAGGCAGACGAACAGGGCCACCUACCCUCCCCAGACACCCUCAAAGGGAAGAUCCUCGUCAAGGGCAAGAAGCUCCCGCCGAACAUCGACGAAGACAAUGAGGAGGGUGACGUGACGGACGAAGACAGUGCUGACGAGAUGGAGGACGACUGCAAACUGAUGAAUGGAGAUACAUCCAUGACCAGGAAGCAGGUAGAGAACGUGGCUAAGAAGAAGCUAGACAACCUGAUGAAGGAGUCUAAGAUCCGCGACCGGGAGGACCCAGACAGCUUCACCGUCGCCGCCCUGCCCCCCUCGGGGAAGCCCACUGAUCAGUCAGCCACCAAGGGCAAAGGUGAUGAUGAUGCAGACACAGGGGACGAAGCCAGCCCCAGCACCAACAAGCGUCUAGCCAGGACCUUCAUGGGCAGCUUCACCAACCGCAAGAAAAAGGCAGCCAAGCUGAAGAAGGCCAACAGCUUUGAGGACACUGACACGGACCAGGAGAGCACCAGCAGCACCUCCCGCGCCCCCCUACACCACAGCAGGAAGAAGAAGACCAUGAAGCUGUCCAGGGCUCUGUCAGACCUGGUCAAAUACACCAAGUCAGUGGGCGUCUCUGACAUAGAGACACAAGCCGCCAGCUCCAGUUGGCAGGUGUCUUCUCUGAGCGAGACCAAGGCCCACCAGAUCAUGCAGCAGAAAGCCGCCACCUUCAUCCACUUCAACCAGCGGCAGCUCUCACGCAUCUACCCCUCCUCCUACCGUGUGGACUCUUCCAACUUCAACCCACAGCCCUUCUGGAACGCUGGAUGCCAUCUGGUGGCGUUGAACUACCAGUCGGAGGGGAGAGUGCUCCAGCUGAACCGAGCCAAGUUCAACAGCAACGGCAACUGUGGUUACAUCCUGAAGCCGGCCUGCAUGUGUGAAGUCCCUCCUGUAGGUGUCUUUAACCCUAUGAUGGAGGACCCAUUGCCGGGGCAGAUGAAGAAACAACUGGUGCUGAAGAUCAUCAGCGGGCAGCAGCUGCCCAAGCCCAAAGACUCAAUGCUGGGGGACAGAGGAGAGAUUAUUGACCCCUUUGUGGAGGUGGAGAUCAUUGGUCUGCCAGUGGACUGCUGUAAGGAACAAACCAGGGUGGUGGACGACAAUGGCUUUAACCCCAUGUGGGAGGAGACGCUGGUGUUCACGCUGCACAUGCCCGAGCUGGCGCUUGUCCGUUUCCUAGUGUGGGACCACGACCCUAUCGGCCAGGACUUCAUUGGCCAGCGCACCAUCGCCUUCAACAGCAUGAUACCAGGUUUUCGUCACGUGUAUUUGGAAGGUAUGGAGGAGGCUUCCAUCUUUGUUCAUGUGUCUGUACAUGACAUCACUGGUAAGGGCAAGGUGGCCAGCGGCAUAAAAGGGCUGUUUCACAGAAACCCAAAGCAGGCUUCUCUCGACAGCCAUGUUGCUGCACAGCUCAGCCGUAAGCACCCAUUCGGCGCCCACCUGCUGCGCCGCACGGCCAGCGCGCCCACCAAGGGUGAGCCCAAGGUCAAGAAGGGCUUCCCAGAGAUCGCCAUCGACACCAAAGAGUACAGCUCAGAAGGCGCCAGCGAGGACCGAGAGUCAGGGGACAGGGAUCUCAGCGCCUCCUCCCUGCCCCCGCCGCUCCACCAGCGCAACGGAGACGUCACGGACACAGCUGCUCCCGCCACGCCACGCCAGGGCACCAACGGGCACCACGGCACCAAUGGGGCUUUCAACCCCGACGAGGGCAAAGACCAUUCCACAGGGCAGAGACCAGCUCCCCCUCUUCCACUGUUCAGGCCAAUUGCUGAAGAACUGGGUGACAGACAUCUCACUCGCUCCGCUUCCACUCCAGCAGACCACUCAUCAACAUGUCACUCCCCACCUCCACCCCUCCCUCCAGCCACAGCAAUAACCACUACCACUCCAUCCCCUGCUUCUAAGAGUGAGGCGGACAGUCCCGUAAACGGUAGGGGGAAGGAGGUUCCCGUCAAGGGAAGGGGGGACAGCAAAAUACCCCCUGUCCUUCACAGGACCACCUCAGCCCCCGUCGUACCCGUCCCGGGGGAGAGACUGGACCCCAAAGACCUGACCCCCUCACAGUCCAGCAGAGACCACCGGCUCAACAACGGCACCUCGUCACCCAUGGAGCACACUCCAAGCCGAACGGAAGCACUGUAUACUCCGACAGACCACACAAAGGAGGAUGCCGAGCGCAAGACUGAGACAAGGACAGAGUCUCCUGCUCUUCUCAUCGACCCCUCUAUCUCCAGCCCUCAGAAAGUCCAGGCCCUGAGAGCGAUGUUCGGCGGCAGUCCGUCGCGCACGCCCAUCAGAAGGACCAAAAGCAAGGGCUACGUGCGGUCGGCGGCUGGGGAGCAGCAGCAGUCGUCUGCUGUGCCGGAGGUGUGCACGGACGCCACCCUGAACGACCGGCUGUGGAGCAAGCUGGAACCCGAGCCGGGCAGCCACAGAGACAGCGUGUCCUCGUCCUCCAGUAUCUCGUCCAACGACACCGUCAUUGAUCUGUCCCUGCCCAACCUGGCCAGGAAGAGCCUCACCUGCCUGAGCAGCGGGCCAUCCCCAUCCGACAGCACCUUCCAGGACCCACCCUCCUGGGUCACCCGGCCACGCUUGGCCAUCACCUCUUUUGACACAAUACGGGUCAGCAAGAGCAAGUCCAACCCCAACCUCUGGCAGGGCCACCUGGGGGAGCCAGAGGACGAGCUGCAGCCCAGACCCCUCGGAGCCCCCAGGGAGCCUCCAGUGGACUCAACCAGCAGAAUCACCCAGAGGAGGCACACCUGGAGCCGCCUCUAUAUGGAGGGACUGAAGCAGUCCUCCUCCCCAGCCAAGAAGCCCUCUGCAGCAGCAGUCCUUGCUGCUGCUGCCGCCAGCCCCCUGGAUACCGGAGCCUCUAUGUCCAAGAGCUUGGGGGACUUGACCUCGGACGACAUCGCUUGCAACUUUGACAGCAAGUACCGCAGCAUCAGCCGCAGCUUCAUCGUCAGGCCCUCUAGGAACGAUCCUCGACGAGGUCCCCAGAGGCCCCGGCCGCCCAGCGACCUGAUGGAGCAGCUGAGGAGGCUGACGGACGUGGAGCCCCUGACGGCACGCGACUUCGCCAACCAGGCACAGCAGGAUCCCCCGGAGGAGGCUCAGGAGGAACCCCCGCUACGGAGAAUGUCCUCCCGGAGUCAGAGCAGGGUGCGCUACAUCGCCAACAGGGCCAAGGAGGCCCAGGAAAGGAAGAGGCUGCAAGGUCUCAACCAGCCCCACCUAGCCGCCGCUAACGCUAGCAUUUUCGGUGGCGGUAGCCCUAUUGAAGAGCGGGGUAACCCGGAGGGGGCGUGCUGCGUAGCCCAGAGCCCCUGCGCUAGCUUGGACCUGUUGAGCCAGCUCAGCCCCCCAGGGCCGCCCCCCAACAGACAGUCCCAGACACAGUCCCAGACCUCCCCGAACUCUGACAACAGCGAGGUCUUUUUCAUGCUCAAGCUCUAAGAAUCAGACUAGUUUUGGACCGGACCGUGAGAGACACUGAAGCGAAACUCAUUUAGAAUUCCAUCCAGCGUUCUAGGAAGGGGAAAAUGUCAUUUAUAAAGAAAGGGAAUUCUGUAUAUCUUGACAGGAUGUGUUUUUAAAUGUGUUUAAUCAAGCACUGAAUAAUGCUACUUCUUCCAGAAACUUACAGGUACAGUCACAAGCACAGUUGAUAAGCCAAGCUGAUCACAAAGGAUGUACAAGUCAUUUUUCCUACAAAGUGACCACACACACACAAAUAAUAGAAACAGCGGUGAGCUGUCUUAUGAAAGCAUCCUUUACCAAUAUAGUCAUUUGUUUGCACCAAAUGAGGAAUGGUGGAAUGUAAUUGGAAAAACAAACCUCGACAAUAGUUUUUAUAUGCUUGACUGUUCAGUGACUUCCAUGCUUUGAGUAUUCAUUGUGAGUUGAGCUGAUCCCAAAGUAGCAAUAGACAACCAUUAGUGGAGUUUUAGAGAGUCUGAUUAGAAAACCUUUUUUAAACUUGAAAUUGAAUAAUAUAUACUGUACUUUUAAAUUUAAGAUUGAAUAAUAAACUGUGUUAACUCAUGAUAUAUCACCAGUAGCCCAGCCAUGUGCUAGCAAUAUUUUAAAAACAGCUAUUAGUGGAUUAUAUUGCAGAUAAUGUGAUUGAUGGGUUUUCUUAAAGGUUGUUGUUUAGGCAAGGGCCCCUGCAGACUCUUUACUAAAAACAACACAAGAAGUAAAUGACAACAACAACAAAAUCCAAAACAAGUCUUUUUAACCCAACUUUUUUUUAUUCUGUGCGUACAGUGAAGUGUGAUUUGAGUGAGCUGCCAACGAUUUGGCAAGUUCUCCCAUACAGGUUAUUUUUAUUUUAGACAACACAGAGUAUGUUUUUUUUUUUUUUACCAUGUUACCCAUUUUUUAUUUGACUGCAUGUCUUUUAAACACAGUAUCGUAUGUCUCAUAUUUUAUUAUACAAAAAACGUUAUAUGGGACCUGAUAUUUCGACUUUCCUUGCUCAGUGUUCAGGCUGUUGAAUGAUGUGAUUGGUCACACUCUCAUUGUAGAGACUCAACCAGAUAGGAGUGACCCUGUUUCCACGCGCGUUUGUAGUGUACCGUUUGUACUGCCAUGCCAGUUCUCUGCAACCUUUUAGGAACCAUAAUUAUUGAAGUAAAACCCAGAUGUCAUUAUGAACUGAAUAAAUAUCUCUACUGUAUAUUA